ACCGCCUGCCUGCUUUGUAUUGGUAUUGUAACAAACAGUGAAAUUAAAUUCAUGGGCAUUAGUCAUACAUUUAUAUUUUAUUGUCGUAGUAUACUAAAUUUGGAUAGCACUAUACCGAAAAUUUAAGAAGUGGAAGGAAAAAUAUCAAUAUGUGGGAUAUAGCGAUUUAUUUAUUUAUAAUAAGUACGGUGGCUUAUGUCCUUAAGGAAUUGCUUUCUGAAACCCCUAAUUUUGUGAAAUUUAAACUGAAAUUUCUUAUUUACUACGUGUGGACCUCUACCAUAUCGUUAAUGUUGAUGCCAUUCUUCAUGCUAGACCCUAAAAACGUCAAAAAUAUCUUAUUUUCUGUUGCAAUAAUUAAACACAUAACAAAAGUAAUUGAAAUUAAGUGGCACCUAAGAAAUGGGAAAGUCUUGGCGGAGGAUCGCGGAGCGGUGAUUGUGUCCAACCAUCAGUCAACAAUUGAUGUCCUAGGCAUGUUCAACAUUUGGCACGUAGCGGAUAAAGUGGCAGCAGUAGCUCGCAAAGAGUUGUUUUACGUAUGGCCCUUUGGCUUAGCUGCAUAUCUGUGCGGGGUAGUUUUUAUCGACAGGAACAAUCCAAAAGAUGCUUACAAAACCCUGCAAAUGACAUCUGAUAUUAUGAUCAAAAAUAAGACGAAAAUCUGGCUGUUCCCUGAAGGCACCAGGAAUAAGGACUUCACAAGCUUGCUGCCGUUCAAGAAGGGCGCGUUUAAUAUCGCCGUGGCUGCGCAGGUGCCUAUCAUUCCCGUCGUAUUCUCGCCCUACUAUUUCAUCAACCGGCCGAAGUACAUUUUCAAUAAAGGUCACGUCAUAAUACAGUGCCUAGAAGCAGUGCCCACGGCCGGGCUGACCAUGGACGAUGUGCCCGAGCUCAUCGAGCGGGUUCGAGGCCUCAUGGAGGCCACAUACAAGGAACUCUCCAAGGAGGUACUGAGCGCUCUGCCGCCCGACUACCCGCUCUAUACUCAGAAUUGAAGCAACUCUACUGUGACCAGUAUUAUGUUUGGUUCGUGGAUUUCUGAAUGCUUGCCACUGCAGUAUUAUGUUCGCGGGCGACAGUACUUGUUAUUAGCAUUAGAAAAAAGGAAAACGGCCUUGACGUACGAGUAUGUUAAUAAAAACGUUUUUCAAAAGUUACUCCGUGACAAAAAAGACUAAAAUUAAAAAGUCGUCCCGUUUUCUUAGACGUUUUGAUCUGAAAAGAGACACUACGAUGUUGCCAUUUUUAAUUUCUGAUCUUUUUUCCAGGCUGUUGUAUUACUUAUUUUUGAUUUAUAAUUAUUAAUUUACAUAUUUACCGUGACUUAUUUUUCAAAACCGUUAAUAAAUAUAACACGUCUAGAUCGCUCUUUCUAAUGCUGAAAUAAGUAUAGACUUGCAGUUAGGAUAAUCGAAGACACCACACAUAUUUAGUAUCGGAGCGCAACCGCGUAUAAAAUGAUGUUGGUAACAAUUUAUUUGCUUGAAUUAUUGUAUUUUACGAGAAACAUGCACCUAUUUAUGUGUCGGGCACCAUAUUCUCUUUAUAAACGUUUCAAAAUGCGGUAUCGGUAUUUUUAUGUGAAUCGUAUCUGUGCAAUUUAAACUAAGUACGCAAUUUCUAAUGUUAUCUUUAAGCGGCCGCACGAAGAGAACGUGACAAUAUUGCCAGAUUACCUGUAGCACGAUAGUAGGUACUCUUUAUUAAACUGUGCCUGUGUAGCGUACACUUUGGUAAUCAUCAUCAUUGGUAAUAAGUAUAGGAAAUAGAUACAUCUAAUAUCAAUAUUAGAUCAUGUUAUUUACGAAGACGUUCGCUUUUUCUCCUGAUGUCAUAUUAUUAAAGGUUAUGGAUGACACGAAUUAAUGUAACAGAACAGUCGCUUAAAAAAUCUACUGUAUUCAGAAAUCCAUGGAUAAUUCAACAACCUAGCUUAGACUUGAUGUCAGAGCUUGAAUGUGUAGUAUUACCUUAUCGAAUUAAUUCGAAUAGUAUAAACUUGUUUUAGUUAUUUACAAAUUUUCGCUCAUUCAUUUGACCUUUUGAAUGCCACCACAAGAGCUGACACAAAUGUAUUAAGGAAUGUUCUAGACAGUUACCAAUGAAGAUUUCACUCACACGAUCUAAGUUUUGUUCUUCCUAUUUUUGCCAGCUUUCGUGAAACGUUCUUUACACGUCUGUUUGUCCAUUCAAAAGGUUAAGUGUCAACGGGGCUGAAUCGCGUAUAUUAUAUACUUACGCAAAGCCUCUUUAGUUAAUAAUGAUACUCUGAUAUUUGUUUCUGAAUUGACCGUGUUAAGCGUUUUAUCGAAAUAUUUAACAGUAUUAAAAACCUACAUGUACAACUUACGACGCCACCUAACAGAUGUUACACAUCUGUCUUUAUUUUCUAGUUAGUUAACUAUAAUCGUAAAACCAAAGAAAUGCAUUGCUUGUAUAACUUACAUGUCUGGGCCCUAAAUGUCUAAAACGAACUAUUGAAUGAUCGGCAUUCAUUUGAGAAUUGGCUGUGUUUGAUUUUAUUUUCUAGUCAAAAGUUAAAUUCUUACCAUGUUUGAUUACUCGUAGUUUUUGAUAAAUCAGCGAAUGGUUCAAUAGAACCGGCCAUUUUAUGGAAAUCUACUCGUUCAGCCUAUCUUUAAAGGAUAGCAGUUUUUGGGGAGUAAUAUUAAACUUGUUUAAUAGGUUACAUAAAUAGGCUUUACACCUUAAGAUGGAUUUAUAUUUGACUAAACUAUAUUUAUCCCGCACUUGGCAUUUAUCAGAGAUAGCGUUAUAAGUAUGUCGCCGUACCUAUGUAACUAUGAAAUGUUGUGUGGUCCGUAAAAAAUAUAAAAGUAAUCACAUCUAUCUAAGGUAAGUUGGCAGCGAUUUUAAUAACCCAACUUGUGCAGUAUUAAGGAAAACAUUUGCUCGUUCGACUUACCUUAGUCUGACGCUAUUAGGUAUAAGGCAGCCAUAAUCAACAUCAAAAGUGAAGGGACUCUAUUGUACUAACAUAUAAUAACUGUGACUAUAUCUUGAUAUUAGUCUUUUUAAAUCUGUUUGUAGGUUUUUACAUUUACAAAGUUCAAAGUAUUCGAAAUACCUAUUUUCGUAAUUUAUAUUUAACCUUACCAAUUUUAUGGUCAGUAACAUUGUCGUAGUAUAACUGUUACAUAAUUGAUGUAUUUUUAUAUGUAUUGAAACUAUCUUCGAAUUAAGUAGUAGAUUAACUACUGUAAAACGAUUCAUGUUCCAUUUAAUUAAGCUUUAGAAUUUUAUCUCGAAUUUUAUAUUACUACAUUUACUUUAUUACUAAGUUGUAACUCAUCGAACGCUAGCAAUUUUGUUGGUCAUAACGAGAUUAUAAUCGUGCCAUUUUAUUUGAUAUUGUCUAAUAUUAUGUAUCUGUCACUAAAAUAUGUAAAAAGCCUAAAUGUGUACCUAAUAAUAUUCGGUGGAUUGUUCAUUAACAUUCGUACGCCUAAUGAAGCGAACGCAAUUUAGUGCAGAAAUUCCAAUAAAUAUUUCAUCGGCAAAUUUCUCAAUCAAGGAUGAGAUCAAGCCUUCGCCUGUUAUACUAUGCAUUAUCCGACUACAGAACUUUAGACGACCUUACUGGUUCACAUGUAAUUAAUUACGUACUUAUAAUAUGUAUAACAUCCGCGAUACUUGACACGUGUAUGACAUUUAACCAGUUAUAUGGCUCAAUUGACCUGCAGGUCAGCUCAUUAAGUAUUUACGAGUAACGAAUGAUCUCGAGUUCAUGCCCAAUUGAGAUAAAAUGGACGAACAUAGGUGUGUAUAUAUAGGCCCAUAUUUUAUAAACUAAUACAUUUUCUCCGUGUCAUGGAUGAUGAACAACUUCCACUGUCCGAGUCGAACCAUAUCGAAUACUACGCAUCUUAUUAAGAACCACGUGCGUGAAGAAUCAACUGUUCGCAAGCUGUGUCAUAUAUUUUAUACAUACUAAUAAUUAUAUUAACCAUUAGGUGUUCUUGACGUACAAAAGGUUAAAUACCCGUGUUGUUCUGGCACUUUAGCUGUAAGUGUCAUAAAUUAAUGUCUCAAUUUAUACAAACUGUUCAGUCACCAUACUCACCUUAACCUUUAGACAGCUACCGAGACGUGUGGCUAUCAUUGGAAAGACUUGCCAACGACGUCCGUAAGUUUCGCGAUUGUAAAGGAACCAAUAGAGAAUUACGCGGAACUCCGUAAAGUUCAAAGAUUGCCUGGCGUCCUGAGGCACAUUCUUUUUUCUUAUAUAUAUACACUACCUCGGUGGCAAACAAGCAUACGGUCCGCCUGAUGGAAAGCGGUCACCGUAACCUAUGGACGCCUGCAACUCAAAGAGUGUCACAUGCGGGUAUCCACCCCAUUAGAAACUUGUACACUCCCUUUUCUUUCGCCGUCUGGCUUUGAGAAGGUUCACAACACCUUAAAUGCUGUAACAAACUGCUUUGCGUGACCGGGAUCGCAUAUUAACAUGUUUUUAGCAAAAAGUAAUGGAUGGCUUCAGAGCGCAUUUUUAGAAGAUAUUUUUCAUAUUUUUAUAUUUUAUUUUUAAAAAUAUUAUUAUGUUAGAAAUAUGAAAAAUACGUCAAUGAUAUUUAUUUACAUUUUUUGGCGUUACGUUUUUGCUUCGCUGCCUGCUGAACCAACGGUCUCUUAAGGCACUAGGGGUAGGUUUAAUUUCCCUAUUGUACUGACCGACACAAUAUGCUUUUGUUAAAAUAUGAAUACAUGCAUAAUUCCUAACAAACCCUUUUUUAGCUAAAUGUACCUUUUAUAGCUAAACGUGGGCUGGUGGGACAAGUUGUAGCAACGAUAUUAACACUAUUAUAAAUAAUAUGUUUUAUGCUCUUCUGUGGAGUCUACAACAAAAUUCUAUAACGCAUCAAAUAGAAAUAGGUAUAAGACUUAUUAAUCAAUGGAAUUUAACCUUUUCGACGCCAUGUCAAAUACAAACGUUAAACACGACACCAAAUCAUGAAAUAACCGCACUGUCAAAACUGAAUUUGAAUGUUACCUAUAUUGUAUAGGGACAUGUGACAUAAAUCCUGUGUGGUCUGUGACGGAUUAAUCGGUCAUUGGUCAUUGGCGCUGAACCUGCAGUGCGAAUAUGAGAAGCUCUUUGGCGUGGAAAAGGUUAACAAACUUUAUAAAUUGGAUGUUACUCACGCAAUGAAGUAUUAAUAUCGAAUAGUUUUAGGAUUCUUGUAUAUUAUUGCAGGUAUUACUUAUAAUAAUAAUCGCCAUGUAGUUUUUAAUGUCUAUCUCAAUGUGAUAAUGUUAGUCUUUUCUUAACUCAAUUUAUGGUAACAUAUUUCGUUUGACCUAUUUUGUAUCAACUGUGAACAUUACCAAAAUUGCUUUGGCCCGCGGCAUUUGCAAUUUUUUUCAUUUCACUUGUGAUGAAAAAGGGAAUAAAGAUUAUCGUGACAUAACCCGACGUCAAAUAUGUUGAUUGAAGUCAUUUCACUCGUGUCACUCUUGUGUUAUUAAUUUGUAAAAUAACAUAACAAUACUUUUGGGCAAUUUUAGGCGUCCGCGUCGUCACACAGGUACACGCGUGUGGGCGAAAUUAUAGAUACAAUAAGCUGUGCUGUGCGUGUACGCGCCUACCGCAGCCAGUGUGUCCGCUCCGUGACCUCGCGCGACUUUGCGGACGCCCUUACACUCUUAGCGGGAUUCGAUCUGCACUUGUUUGUAAGCCCGACUUUUUAUAACUAGAAUAUCUUUAAAACGAAACAUAUAUUCCUUAUUUCGUGUAGUGUUGUAAUUCAGAGUAUGUUACCAAAACUUGAGCAACUGUCCUUGUUCUGUAUUUGAACCAUAACAAAAUUGAAUGUGUAAACACACAUAUUUUCGUAAAGUGAAAUCUUUUAAUAAAAUGAUUUUAUGAUAGUACAAUAAA